GCAAAGAAACGCAUCUGAGAUCGCGUGAGCUGAGAAAGGCGGCUGCAUUCCAACCGACCGACCAGUUUCCCUAAAACCGUCGGCUGGUGUGGUACCGUAGCUCUCGUCGCAGCUCGAUCGGGCGAUCGGUGAUCUGUGCGUGUGUUGCCCCGAUUCGUUUGAUCGCCUUGCUUUCUUUGGUGUUUAUUGAAGUAAAUUGAAAAUUGACAGGAAAAAGUGAAUGUUAAGUGUGAAAGGUACGAAACAUAUCCCUAAAGUGAAGAGAUAACCGAAUGCAAACAGGAGCAGCUGGUUGAGAGAAGGAAAAGGCGCUUGUUAGUGUUACGAUCGAUGCGACCUUUUCGCGUUCCGCCAGUGAUCGCCAGCCAAGUGACAUAAGUUUGAUAAACGCCAAACGGAUAUAUUCACGGUAAAUAAAUCGGUGAAAAACCCCAACAAGUGCAGUUUUUAUCGAGCUUUUUACCAAAAAAUCGGGAAGGAAAAUCGGUUUAACAAACAAACCAACAACCAAAUCGAGCUGCUGCUGCCUUCGGAGCGGGUUUUACCCACCACAGCCAAGGUGUUACUUAACGUUAGGCACUCGCUCGCCCCAAAACAAAAUCAUCAUCAGCUGUGUUAUUUUUUUUUCGGAACGUGGAAGUACGGUGGAAGUGUACCGAUUCAUAAUAUAAUUUUUCCACCGAGCAAUUGGCCAGUGUCGGGUGAUUGGCGGGAAGCGAAAAGAAAAUAUGUAACCCCGACCGAGUGUGUGGAUAAGCGAAAGUGUUCGAAUAUAGUGACGUGCAUAAGUGUACUGCUGUUGGGCCGUCAUCGAAGAUUGCAUUGCGUUUGCACGAUACGCAUCGAAAGCUAGCAACAGUGUGAAGAAGGUUGGAACGAGAUAGAGUGAGAGAAGUGUCGAAAGAAAAACAAGGAGAGUGAGAGAGAGAGCGAGAAACGGCGUUUUCGGUGCAAUUCAAAAUGCGGCAACUUCCGUUCGUAUCGAUUGGAUUCGGUUUGAUGUUGCUGGCGGCGUUCCAGAGCACUACGGAAGCUCAGAAGCAGCAAGAGAACAAAAAUGUCUUCAAUACUAGCUCGUGUCUGGAGAAACCCUUCCGUUGUCCACAUCCGAGGAUCAAGUUUUAUCUUUACACACGCCGGACGCAGCAGAAUCCGGAGCUGAUCGAUGUGCUGAACCCGGAGUCCCUGUACUACACCCACUGGAAUCCAUCCCAUCCGGUGAAGAUCGUCAUUCACGGGUUUGGUGGAGGGCGCAAUCUGUCUCCGAGUCCAGACAUGCGCAAGGCAUACUUUACUCGCGGCAACUACAACAUCAUCAUCGUGGACUAUGGAUCUGCGGUGACGGAACCGUGCCUCAGUCAGAUCGAAUGGGCCCCACGGUUCGGAAGUCUCUGCGUGUCGCAGCUGGUGAAGUACAUCGCCCAUCAUCCACGAGGAGUUCCACCGGACGAUAUGCAUCUGAUCGGGUACAGUGUUGGGGCACACAUUGCGGGUCUGGUGGCGAACUAUCUCACACCGAGCGAGGGCAAGCUGGGGAGGAUUACUGGGCUCGAUCCGACGAUCUUCUUCUACGCCGGGUCCAACAAUACUCGCGAUCUGGAUCCUUCCGAUGCACACUUUGUGGACAUCAUACACACUGGGGCGGGCAUUCUCGGACAGUGGAGUCCGGGAGGACAUGCAGAUUUCUACGUUAAUGGAGGUACUAGCCAGCCGGGUUGCGCCAGUUCCACCAUCUUUCAAACGCUGGCUUGUGAUCACACCAAGGUGACGCCAUACUUUAUCGAAUCGAUCAACAGUGAGCGAGGCUUCUGGGCUGGACCUUGUCCAACGCUCAUCUCGUACCUGCUCGGGUGGUGCGAGCCCAAAGACUCCGAUUACGUCCUCAUGGGAGAGCAUCUAUCUACACAAGCUCGAGGUGUAUUCUACGUAACGACAAACGCGAAACCUCCAUACGCACGUGGAUUCCCGGGCAAAAAUCGUCGAACGGCGAAAACCUCCGAGUACAGUGGUGUCCGGCGAAAGUAAACUAACAACAAAAACGUGAAACCAAUCGUCAAAAGCUUACUGGUUGUGAUAAAGUGCGUGGCAGAAGAAUUAUUUCUCCUUUUGCCUAUGACCGGUGUGACCAUAUUUCAUCCCCAAGCUACAAGCUGCCAGAGGGGGCAAUUAGCCACCUGCCAGACCGAUCGAUCAUGACGUCAUCCUAAUGAAUUAAAGUGUGAAGGAAAUUUAAUUUUCUCACCCCUUACAAAGAACACAUACGCAAAAAAAAAUCAAACUAAAUCGACAAGUAAUUAAGAAGCACCAGAGUAGAGAUGGGUAGUAUUAAUAAUGCUAGGUUUCAUAGGAUCGUGUAGCUUAGGACAUUGUACAUAGAAGGAAGUUUCAGCUUGAUCGUAGCCAUUCUACAGCGACUAAAGCAUGACGGAAAAAAAAGAAAAAGGGUGAUGGAUGUAAUCGUAUAUCGUAGCCUCCAAGAUCGUUAACCUUCGUGAGAGUAGAACGAAUUUCAUGUGGCUAACAUCCACAUUAGCUACGGUAACGCAAUUAAAAGCUUCAUCAACGAUACGUGUGACGUUGUGGAAGAACCCUGCACACCGCGUACGCGAUACGUCAAAGAGAAUCGACCUUAGUAUUAGUAAGUGUAGUAUACAUAGAUAAUGGUAUUCACGGCAAGGAGGAUAUUAAAGUGAUGGGUAAAAAAGCGACCUAGUGUCACUUCGGAUAGGGGAAACACGCAUUCGUAACGCAAGCACGAAUAAAGCAAUAAAGCUGCUACCUUUUCGGGGUUGAUUCAUUUCAACAGUUUAAAUAUACGCACUUUUAUUUGGAUGUGUGUGUUUUUUUGUUUACUAUAUCGAGAGCGUCUGUUUUUGUGAGCGUGACUAUAGU